AAAGGCAGAGGCAUGGGGCACAGAGCCGCCAUCAGGGAAAGACUCACUCCCAGUGACCCUCACUGAGUCGCUGUUGUCCCUCCCAAGAUGAAGCUGCUGCUGCUGUGUCUGGGGCUGACCCUGGUCUGUGCCCACCAUGGAGAGAACCAUGACGUCGUGACAAGCAACUUCAACAUGUCAAAGAUUUCCGGGGAGUGGCAUACCAUUCUCUUGGCCUCCGAUGUGAAGGAAAAGAUAGAAGAACAAGGUAGCAUGAGAAUGUUUAUGGAAUCCAUCCAGGCCUUGGAUAACUCUUCUCUGUUAAUUAUAUGUCAUAAAAAGAUCAACGGAGAGUGUGCUGAACUGACUUCCAUUUGUGAUGAAACAGAAGAGGAAGGUGUAUAUAGUGUUUCCUAUGAUGGAUACAACAAGCUUUACAUAAGUGAAGCAGACUACAAUGACUAUCUUAUCUUGUAUCUCAUGAAUUCCAAUAAACAGAAAAAAACCCAAGUAACGGCGCUCCUAGCCCGAAAACCAGAUGUGAGUACACAAAUGAAGAAAAGGUUUGAGGAACUUUGCAAAGACCAUGGAAUCCCGAAGGAAAACAUUCUGGACAUGGCCAAUGCCAAAACUCAUUUGGUUUCUCUCUGGGAAAUAAGGGGCUGCUGGUUGACUGUGCUCUGUUCUGCCUCUGCAGACCCCUGUUCCCAUGCCCGAGGGAGUCACGGAGCCCAGGCCUCCAGUGCCCAGUGAGUGCUUCCUUCCAUGGUCCCCAUGUCAUCCUGUGACAAGUUCUGUGACCUGAUUUCCAGCACUGUCCUCCAGGAAGACAUUAUCUCUGAAUCUUCAACAUCUUCUCAAUGUGUCUAGAGAGGACUCAUCAAGUCACCAAGAACCAAAGGUUUUCUCCAAAUUUCCAACUCCCUAUGCCAUACCUGAAUGAACUCUACCAUGAAUAACACUUUCUUCUACCUGGUCAAUAAGUCACGUAUCUUGCA